GGAAGUGACGUGGCGCCGGCUUUCGGCUCUGAGGGAAACUGUAGCCGGUGGGUGGAAGGAGGAGGUGGUGGUGGCGGAAGAGGUUAGGCGGCUGAUGGCGGCUCCGGAUUGGAAACCAGUCUAACAUUUCCCCCUCCGCCUGGGAACCCUUCCCUGGAUUCACAAUGACAUCCUUUCAAGAAGUCCCAUUGCAGACUUCCAACUUUGCUCAUGUCAUCUUUCAAAAUGUGGCCAAGAGUUAUCUUCCAAAUGCACAUCUGGAAUGUCAUUAUACCUUAACUCCAUAUAUCCAUCCACAUCCAAAAGAUUGGGUUGGUAUAUUUAAGGUUGGGUGGAGUACUGCUCGUGAUUAUUAUACAUUUUUAUGGUCCCCUAUGCCUGAACAUUAUGUAGAAGGAUCAACAGUCAACUGUGUACUGAAAUUUCAAGGAUAUUACCUUCCAAAUGAUGAUGGAGAAUUUUAUCAGUUCUGUUAUGUUACCCAUAAGGGUGAAAUUCGUGGAGCAAGUACACCUUUCCAGUUUCGAGCUUCCUCUCCAGUUGAAGAGUUGCUUACUAUGGAAGAUGAGGGAAAUUCUGACAUGUUGGUAGUGACCACAAAAGCUGGCCUUCUUGAGUUGAAGAUUGAGAAAACCAUGAAAGAAAAAGAAGAAUUAAUACAGCUGAUUGCUGUUUUGGAAAAAGAAACAGUACAACUUCGAGAACAAGUUGGAAGAAUGGAAAGAGAACUUAACAAUGAGAAGGAAAGAUGUGAGCACCUGCAAGCGGAGCAAAAGGGUCUUAUUGAAGUAUCACAAAGUUUAAAAAUGGAAAAUGAAGAGUUUAAGAAGAGAUACGGUGAUGCGACAUCUAAAGCUCUGCAGCUUGAGGAAGAUAUUGUGUCAGUGACACAUAAAGCAAUUGAAAAAGAAACUGAAUUGGACAGUUUAAAGGACAAACUCAGGAAGGUACAACAUGAAAGAGAACAACUUGAAUGUCAACUGAAGACAGAAAAGGAUGAGAAGGAACUUUAUAAGGUGCAUUUGAAGAAUACAGAAAUAGAAAAUACCAAGCUUGUGUCAGAGGUCCAGACUUUAAAGAAUUUAGAUGGAAACAAAGAAAGUAUGAUUACUCAUUUCAAAGAAGAGAUUGGCAGACUGCAGUUGUGUUUGGCUGAAAAGGAAAAUCUGCAAAGGGCUUUCCUGCUUACAACCUCAAAUAAAGAAGAUUCAUUUUCUUUAAAGGAGCAGCUUCGUAAAGCAGAGGAACAGGUUCAGGCAACUCGACAAGAAGUUGUCUUUCUGGCUAAAGAACUUAGUGAUGCAGUAAAUGUGCGAGAUAAAACAAUGGCAGAUCUACAUACUGCACGCUUGGAAAAUGAGAAAGUGAAGAAGCAGUUAGCUGAUGCACUGGCAGAACUUAAACUAAAUGCUGUGAAAAAAGAUCAGGACAAAACUGAUACAUUGGAACAUGAACUGAGAAGAGAAGUUGAAGAUUUGAAACUCCGUCUCCAGAUGGCUGCAGAUCAUUAUAAAGAAAAAUUUAAGGAAUGUCAGAGGCUCCAAAAACAAAUAAACAAACUUUCAGACCAAUCAGCCAAUAAUAAUGUGUUCACAAAGAAAGUUGGGAAUCAGCAGAAAGUGAAUGAUGCUUCAAUAAACACAGACCCAGCCACUUCUGUGUCUGCUGUAGAUGUAAAGCUGCCACUAUCUUCUGCAGGUAAAAAUCUUUUAGAUCUUUUUGAUGAGAAAACUAAAUGCAGUAAAUAUGCUGAUGAACUUGCAAAAAUGGAGCUGAAAUGGAAAGAACAAAUGAAAAUUGUUGAAAAUGUAAAACUUGAACUAGCUGAAGUAGAGGACAAUUAUAAAGAACUUAAAAGGAAUUUAGAAAAUCAAACAGAAAAGAAAAUGGAAGUCCAUAGUUCCCAACAGAACUCACAGUGUCUCAACACAUGCUCAGAGCAAAAUGGGCACGUUCAUGUGCUGCCAAAUGUACAACCAGUUCUGCAGUAUGGUAAUCCGUAUGCAACACAGGAAACAAGAGAUGGAGCAGAUGGUGCUUUUUAUCCAGAUGAAAUUCAAAGGCCACCUGUAAGAGUACCUUCUUGGGAAGACAAUGUUGUCUGUAGCCAGCCUUCUCGAAACCUUAGUCGGCCUGAUGGUUUAGAAGACCCAGAGGACAGCAAAGAAGAUGAAAAUGUACCCACUGUUUCUGAUCCACCAAGUCAGCAUUUACGUGGGCAUGGAACAGGCUUUUGCUUUGAUUCCAGCUUCGAUGUUCACAAGAAGUGUCCUCUUUGUGAACUAAUGUUUCCUCCCAACUAUGAUCAGAGCAAAUUUGAAGAACAUGUUGAAAGCCACUGGAAGGUGUGCCCAAUGUGCAGCGAGCAGUUCCCUCCCGACUAUGACCAGCAGGGGUUUGAAAGGCAUGUUCAGACCCAUUUUGAUCAGCAUGUUCUAAACUUUGACUAGGUACUUUUUAUUAUGAUUUAAUACAAUUUAGCAAUUUAAAAAAAAGUCACUUCAAAUAGACCACUAAGAAGACCACAAGGCACCACUUUCACGCAUCCUCUACCAUACUUUUCUGACAAAGAGCUACUUUGAGUUUGGUGUUGUUAGGGUCAGAGUUAGUCUUUGGCUUAUCAAUAAAUAUAAUUUUAACCUAACUAUUAAUCUUACUUGCUUUAAGAAAAGAAGUUCUUGUGUGUUUAUAUCUUUAUUUAUUCUCAUUUGCAAAAUUGUAUGAAAAAAGGAUACAGGAAUUAUUUUAAUGUUACUGCACUGAAAAAAAAAUAUAUGUAAUAGUGUGCUAGAUUACUUAGCAGAAUAUUUACAAGUUUCUGUUGAUCUUGUUGAUUGAGCAUGAUUACUAAAUAUUAUGUAAUAAAAAACAUUGAUCAUAACAGUUUUGCGAAGUUAAUUCUUUGAAUAUAUAAAGUCCAUAAUUUAGCUCGUGAAAUAAUAGUUCUAAAAUUUUCUUUAGAAAUGAAAGUUCAGGUAGAAUGAGAUCACAUGCUUGCAAAUACCCUUUUUAUAUAUGAAAUGUUGGCUUUAGGAAUUAAUAGAAGGCAUAUUUUGCUAAUUUUAUGACAAAAUUUAGAAUAACCAAAUGACUAUUUUUAAACUGCGUUGAAUUUGUAUUUAUAACUAAUAGGGAAAGGGAACAAGUCAGUAAAAUUUGUUUUCAUAUUGAAUGACCUCAUAACAGUGUUUGUGGCAUAAAAAUCGGAAUAUGUCAGUAUCUUUUUCACAUUUUCCUGAUGAGAAUAUAAAUUUGAAAUAACAUUUUCAGUGAUUAAAAAUGUAAAUGCAUAAACCCAAA